GAAAGAGAGACCAAAAAGGAGAGGAACCACCGCGCGGCGCCCGCCGAAGAAACGCACGACGAGUCGGCCUGCCUCGCCUCGCUCGCGCGGCCAAGCCAGCCAGCUAGAGGCCGCCCGCGCCGUCUCCCUCGGGCGCGCGCGCGCGCGUUCUCCACGUGCGUACCUCGAUCUCGCGCAGUUGAGUCGGUCGACAGCAAGGGUAGGAGGAGGAGGAGUAGUAGUUUUACGCGCGCGCGAGCGCAGGCCGGGCAGACUAGAUCUCUCUCUCGAGGAAGGAGAUGAUUCGAUCGAUCGCCGUCGAGAGGAGAGGAUCAGCUAGUUGCUAGCUACAGCUAGUAUGGAGGGCGGGAGGGUCGACGUCGACGGUGGCGUCGCAGCCGGAGCGGGGGCGGCGGGGCAGGAGCGACGGCGGUGGCGCGGUGGUGCCGGAGAUGCGGUGGAGAGUAGUCACGGGAGCAGCGGCGGCGGCGGCGGCGGUGGCGGCGUCGAGCUCAGCCUGCGUCUCAGGACGGGGGCGGACGACGACGACCGUGGGGGUGCCGCGAGUGCAGCUACUCCUCCUCCGGCGCCGGUGGCGCAGGAGGCGGAGGCGAGGAGGAACAUGACCAUCUUCUACAACGGCCGGGUGUGCGCCGUCGACGUCACCGAGGUCCAGGCAAGGGCAAUCAUAUCCAUGGCGAGCGAGGAGACCCUGCAGGCGGCGGACCACCGGCGGCGGCAGCAGAGUCAGCAGCUGAUGCGGGGAGACGGCGGCCGCGGACGCCAGCAGGACGCUGACAGCAGCAGCACUAGCGCAGUGGCGCGGCGGCGGUGCGCGGGAGACAGCGGCCUCAUGAGACCAGUGGCGGCGCCGUCGCUGCUGACUGCCGGCGGCGUCGUCGGUUGUCCUCUGCAGGGCGGCGGCGCCGCCGUAGCCGCGCCGGUGCUCGAAAUCGACCCGGCGGCGGCCUCCGGGCUGUCCAUGAAGCGGUCGCUGCAGCUGUUCCUCCAGAAGCGCAAGGCCAAGACGGCCGCCGCCGUCGCGCCGCCCUACGCCGCCUGAGCGGCUCAGGCUGUCAGGCGAUGA